UGCUACCUGCUACUGCUAACUAGCAAGUAUUUCCUGCUAGCAACUGGUCACAACUAUGGAUAUCGACGCGAUAUUGGAAGCGUUUCAAGAUUUUGAGAAGCAAGGGAAGAAAGAAACCAGUUCUGUACUAGACAAAUUUCUGUGUCAUGUCGCCAAAACAGGGCAGCCAAUGAUCCCAUGGUCACAGUUCAAAUCAUACUUCAUGCUCAAGUUGGAAAAGGUCAUGGAUGACUUCCAUGCUUCAGCACCAGACCAGAGAGGCCCACAUAAUCCAAACAUAGAGUAUGUUCCCUUUGAAGAGAUGAAGAAGAGGAUCUUAAAAAUAGUUGAUGGUUACAGUGGAAUCCCAUUCACCAUUCAGCGUCUGUGUGAGCUGCUUACUGAGCCUGAGCGAAACUACAAAGGAACAGACAAAUUUCUCAGGGGUUUGGAGAAGAAUGUAAUGGUGGUCAGUUGUGUGCAUCCCACACCAGAGAAAAAUGGGGCUUCCAGUGUAAACAGAAUGAAUGGAGUGAUGUUUCCUGGUAACACUUCUCUAUAUUCAGACAGUCGAAAUGUAAAUGGUCCAGGCACACCAAAACCACUCAGCAGAGCAAAGUUGUCAUUAUCGACUUCACUUUCCACCAACGGGCUCCCUGACACUCCAGUGAGCAAAGAGCGAGAGCCAACCACAGAGGAGAUCGAGGAGCACCAUAUCAGAGACUCCUUGCUAUCUGAAGCUGAUCUGACACCACAUAGCGGUAUAAAGAACAAACACCCAGAGGAGGAGGAUUCUAAUGUUGACACACAAGCAGUCAAAAGGCUCAAGUUUGACGGAAAGGAAGAGGAUGAAAAGGAGUCAUCGUGUCCUAAAGGGCCAGAGAGCCUGUCAGAGACACUCGAGUCUUCAAAAGAGUCUUGUGGACAAGCGUACAAAAGUGGAACAUCGUGUGACACAUCUACUAUUUCAGAGGAUCAUGAGCCUAGCAGCACACAGACAGAAACUUGUGAAAGGGAAGGAGACCCAGUUGAGACGGGGCAUGUCCAAAGUCUGAAUGAUGAUGGCACUGUGGAGCAACCUGAGCAGCCCGCUCUGUCCGAGAAAAGUACAAGCUUUGAGCAGGACAGUACAGAGAGCAGCAACAGUGAUGGAGAGGGCCUACCCAGCCACAAGCAGGUCCCCUCUUCUUCUACUCAUUCACCUGACUUGUCAACAGAGGGCAAUGCUGACAGUUCAAACAGCACAGAGAUUGCACUAGAGCCCGGGGAACAGGACUAACUGGAAGCCAAGCCUGCCAACUGACUUUUUUUUUUUUUUAACACUGUAUGAUACCACACCAGGGGUAUAUAUGUAGCACUGUGGACCUUUAGACUUCAGGAUCAGGAGAGAUGUGGACUUUGAGAUUCCUCAUAAAAGGAUCUUUUUGUCCUCUUCAAUUUCAGCUACUCAAAGGCACACAUCACCUGGUCUUCAGACUGGAAGGAAAGGAUUUAAUUAAGAUUAUGGAGAUUCCACUUUUUUACACUGUUGAUUAAAAGUUUUUCUAAUCUUUUUUCCUGAUUUUUAUAUCUAAGCAUUAUAAUUUCACCUUGAGAACUGGUGUAUACAUUAAUUUCAUUAUUCAUUCAUCAUUUAGCAUGUCUUUCCAAAAGAUACAUUUGGCAGUUUCAGUUUUGUUUUUCCCUGAGCAUAGUUGUUUUGACUAUCUCUGGUGAAUGUGUCUCUCCAGAUGAAUGAGACCACCUGGCAUUAAGAAUGCGAACAACACAUCUCAGAUUUCUGCUUUUUUCUGUGAAGCACAUACAUAAAAUAUCUUGCACUUCUUAGCUUUGGCUGUUUGAAGGUUGUGGAAAUGUCAAAAGUUUUGCUGUGUCACUGUAUAAAGUCAAUAUUAAUGCACACAAUAUUGUAGUCCCCGGUUGGUUAGAAUAUAGUUUUGGCUUAAGGAUAGCCAUUUUUGCAUCAGUUCUGUCAACAGAAAUACAAGGUACUUUCACACUUUCUGUAUGUUAUACCUUAGUCAUACAACUGUCUCUUUUGAUAGCUUGAUUUUUACAGUAUGUAUCUGAACAUCUGUUUUUGUAGACUUGUAAUACAUGUCCACUGCCUUCGUAAAAACUGCUAAUCGCUGGAAAUUGAAUGCUUGAACUUGUAUCAUAGUAUUCGUGGAAAGCAAUAAAUGCUAAAAUUUAAA